AUGGCUGUGAAGGACUUUUUUAGCUAUGUUUCCAUGAUAGUGAAUACGACUGGAGCAUCUUGCAAAAGAAAAGAUCAACUUAGAAUGUUAGAACAUGAGAGAUUGGUCAAAGAACUCAAUGAUGAAGUAAGGAUGACUGGAAGAGGCCUAAAUCAGGAAACUAGUUUGGCAAGACCUGGAGAUACUCGAUGGGGUUCACAUUAUUUUACUUUGCUUUGUUUAUGUGCUAUGUGGCCUUCAGUUGAGAAAGUGUUGGAGAAUACACGUGAUGAUACCACUAGCUCUGAGGUUAGAAGUACUGCAAGAGGUUUGCUUGGAAAGAUGAAUAAUUAUGAGUUUGUCUUUGUGAUGCACUUGAUGAAAUAUUUGUUAGGAAUGACAAAUGAGUUGUCAUUUGCCUUACAAAGAAAGGAUCAAAAUAUUGUGCAAGCCAUGUCUCUGAUUGAUACAGUGAAAGCUCAAUUACAUGACUUCAGAAACACUGGUUGGGAGAUAGUUUGUGAUGAAGUAAAUAGUUUUUGUGAGGUGAAUGCCAUUUCUUUGAUUGAUAUGAAGGACACUAUAACUCGACCUGGUUAUAAAAGGCAGAGCAUCACCAAUGAUCAUUAUUAUCGUGUGGAGAUUUUUACUGAGGUUGUUGAUUUAAUCAUACAAGAGAUGAAUAAUCGUUUUUCUGAAGCUAGCACCGAUCUACUUAGGUGCAUGGCAUGUCUUGAUCUGAGAAAUUCUUUCUCUCAAAUACGGCGAUAUCGCCGCCACCGCUGCUAA